AAGUUCACCUAGACUCCGUCCUUAAUCCUAACAAGUGGUAUCAGAGCCAUAUUAAGGACAUUGAGAGGAGUCUACAGAAGUUUGAAGACCCUUCUAGACCCACCAUGGCCUGUGGGUGUGCCUAAGUGGUGUUCUAAAGGUUGGAUGUGUCUUCCGCUAAGGGGAAACUCUGCCGAAAUUUCGUGGACGCCGACACUUGUGAAAAUAUCGAGGGAGCUGAGUGUGGACAGCAAAGGGGAGCUGAAAUUCGUCAUUUCUCAAGGAGAAGAUGAAUGAGAGAGGAGGAGAUGCUAAUGGAAGAGGAGCUGUACCUGAGAAGCCAAGUGAGCCGCCGCCAUCAAAAGUUGACGCUUUGGAUGGCUCCAACUAUGAGGAAUGGAGCGGGCGGAUGAGGAGUGCCUUCAAACGCUACAAGCUCCUGAAGAUUGCUGUUGGGGAGGAGAAGAUGCCGGAGGAAGGCGAAGCACGCGAACGGUGGAUUGAGAAAAGCGCGGUGCUUUUCGACCUCAUUCUUCAAUCGGUCAACAAGGAGAUGUUCGAGCACAUCAAGGAUCUUGUGGAAGCGGAUGAUUCGGGUCCAAGGGCGUGGAAACUGCUACGUGAUGUGAUUCAGCCCAACACUCUCCCAAUGGUGAUCAUGCUCGAGAAGGAACUUGCUGCCAUCUCCAUGCGACCAGGGGACGAUGUGAAGCCGGUCCUUGACAAGAUCAAGGACACCUAUGCAAGGAUGGCAGCAGCGGGCAGCAGUGUAUCUCAGCUGCAGCAGUGCACCAAGAUCAUCUCGGUCUGCCGUGCUAAGCUUGGGAAGAAGGUGCUGUGGAGUCUGGAAGAAGAGACCAGCUGCAUCAAGGACCUGUGGCAGCUGCCCAUCAUCCCUUGGAAUGGGAAGACUCCAACAGCAGCAACGGCAGCAGCGGCAAAGGCAACAGCAGGAGGAGAUGCAACUGCACCAACUGAUGGGGUCCUGGAAGCAGUCAAGAAAUUGCAGCAGCAGCAGACACAUGGUGAGGUCGCCCUUGUGAAGAAUAGGGUGCUGGCUACAGUUGGGGAUAAGGAGUGGAUCCCAUAUACCAAGUGGUAUGGGAGUGCUCCAGCUGUGAAUAUGCUGAGGGCAUUUGGGUGCAUGGUAGUGUUUCAUGUGCCUAAGGAGAAAAGAGGGAAGUUGGAGGCUUCUGGAAGAUGGGGUGUGCACUUGGGGAUUGCAAAGGAUCACAAGGGAUGGCUGCUAUGGGACUUGACCACCCAGAAGCUGACAGUGUCAAGGGAUGUGAAGUUUCUUGAGUCCCUGUACUACAAGGAAUGGAAGCAGCAGCAACAGAAGCUUCCAUCUACACCACUCAUUGUGGAGGCAGAUGAGUUGCAGCAGCCUUCAAGGCAGGUGGAGGUUGCAGUGUCUGAGGAGGAGAUGUCUGGGGUGACUGAAGAAGGGGGAGCAGCUGAAGUGGAGCAGCAGCAGCAGCAGCAACAUGAGUCUCCAUCUCGAGUUCCACACCCGCCUGAGCGACCUAGGAGGGAUGUGCGCCCUCCUGUGAGGCUGACCUAUGGGGGAAGAGGCAAGCCAAAUGUGGAGAAGGAUGAAAUCCUCAUGCUCUUGGUGUACGUGGAUGAUAUCCUUCUCUUUUCUGCAUCAACUGCUUUGCUGGACAGCGCAGAGCAGAUGCUGGAGAUGCAGUUCAAGUGUUCCAAGAUGGGUGAGGUGAAGUACUACUUGGGGAUGCAUGUGGAGAGAGAUGUGGAGAAGGGUGUGCUGAGGUUGCACCAGAGGAAGUACUUGGGAUUGAAGUACAGUGGAUUGAGGCAGCGGUUGCAGAGAGGUGCUGCAGAUGUGAAGAGUGGAGAGAUGCUCUUGAGUUGCUAUACUGACGCUAGCUUCAACUCAGUGAAAGCGGAUGGCACCAGCAUUGGGGGUUAUGUGUGCUUGCUAGGAGGUGGUGCUGUGAGCUGGCGCAGCAAGAAGCAGAAUGAGGUGGGAUUGUCCUCAUGUGAGACUGAGUACAUGGCCUUACACCAUGGGGCCAAGGAAGUGGUGUGGCUGAGGCGCUUGUUGGAGGAGUUGGGAGUUGGUCAGGAGGAGCCGACAGUUGUGUUCAAUGACAAUGAGUCUGCAGUGAAGCUCGCCAAGAAUGCUUGUCUGCAUGGGCUGACAAAACACAUAAGGCCUAAGUGGCACUGGGUGAGGAGACUCCUUGAUAAGGAGGUGCGGCUGGAGAUAGUGAAGACCCAUCAACAGGCAGCAGAUAUUUUCACCAAGCGUCUGGCGGAGGCGGAUCAUUGGAAGGGCAUGAAGCUUGCUCGGAUGAGUGUGCAUUGAGUAUGCAUGCUUGAGAUGUUGGUUUUUUUUGAUGAUAGAUCUUGAGAAGAUCUUUCCGACGCAACGAGAAUCGCUUCAAUCGGAGCAAGAACGCGAAAGCUAUGAAGAUUCAAAGUUCAUGAGCUUGCGUUACAAUUGCGGCGGUUACAAAGUGAAGUUGUGGGGUGACUCUAUAUGGAGUUGGGACCUUUGGGGGUGGGGGAAAUUUUUCACUCACUGUAACAGCUGCAAAUUGGUUGGGAACAACCAAGCUAGGUUGGCAAGGGUGGCCAACUUGGAUGGAUUGGUUGGGAAGGGACAAAUGUCAAAGUUGGGGUUCCUAUAGGGAGGGAAUCUUUGAGCUUAUGGGGUUUCCUUGGUUGGGGACUCUCUUGGGACCUUCCCUUUCAUCCCUCUCUUCUAUCCCAACCUUUCUCUUCCUCCUCUAAUUCCUUUCUAGGGGGUGUGUCAAACAUCUGCAUUUGUCAUGUUUGUAUAGACUGUAUAGGGUUACCUCUUAGAGGGUACAACACUUAGGUAUACUUGUGUGUACUCUCACUUUACAAUCAUUCAAUACU